AUGAGUGUUGGUACUCCUGCAAUCACUGUUAAAAAUGGUGUCGGAGUGCUUAGAUUAUUACAACCAACAUUUGUUGGGAGAAACGUGACUUUUGAAUUCACACCGUCUUCAUCGACAUCAACAGACGAUAUCAAGUUGAACUACAUAAAACGGAAUUGGUCGAUUGCAAAAACAAUUGAAGAGGAUUAUUUACAUGUACAGCGUGAGGGACAAUCUACAAUUUUUACCAUACCUGAAGUAGAUCGCAGUUUCAAUGGAACCUCUGUAUACACAUUAAUUGGCAACACGAGAAAAUCGCCCUUACUCGAAUUGAACUUAAAAGUUUACACAGAUGCGGACGGCUGUGGAGAACUGUACUUUCUUUCGGAGGGACCUUAUUUUGCCGGAGACAAUUUGAGUCUUGGAUAUUUCCCGUCACCACAAGUUGCAAAAGAGAAAAAUACAAGCAAGUAUUCUGUCAAACUCAUCAAUGGCAGUAAUGCGGACCAUAAGUCCAUUCAACAAGCAAAGGGUGUUUUGGAGCUUGACCAGGUGGGCCACGAGUUCGUCUUCACUUUAUUCAACGUUAAGAAAAAUGACAGUGGAAUUUAUUGGAUUCAGUGUCUGGACGGAGUUUCCGGAAAGUACUCUAAUGGUGUCCAUGUAUCGAUUAAAGGAAAGCCGAUAAUUGGUCCCUUGACCACAAUUUCUACAUGCAGAGAGUGUAUCGUUUUUAAGACAGAACAAACACUUGGACAAGUGUACUGCGAAACGGAUGAAGAAUAUAACGCCACAAAUGUAGAGUUUAAAAUAGGACUAAUUCGGUAUGAAUCAUUCACAUUAUCACGGAAUCGAUUUGGAUUAAAUUCAUUUGACAAACCAGCAGAUGCGUUCCAUCAACUUAGUGCAAUUUGCACAGUCUUUGGAAUACACCGGAACAUGUCAGUGCAAGCUUCAAUAUAUAUAGUCGUCGAUCCCAAUCGUCCUCCGCAUUUGUCGGCUGACGAAGUGCUUUUGGAGGGAGAAACAGUGAAUAUAACUUGCACUUCAUCGAGCGCAAGGCCGCCACCAUUACUGAGAUUUCUUGUCGAAGCUACUGAAAUUGAUACCAAUACCAAUGUAUCAACAACGAUUGACGGCUCAACCGGAUUAUACACAUCUGUAUCCACACUGUAUUCGUUUAAGAGAGAGUGGGGAAACAGGAGCAUGUCUUGUCAACAGCAUCCGGAAGUGAAUGGAUUAUAUCCCAAGACAAUGUCAAACAGUGUAUAUAUAAGUUACAAAUGUCCCCCAUCACUUAUCAUUCUUGUUAAUGAACAUCGCAAACUUUCAAAAGUUAUAAUUGCAAGUUGUUCAUUGAUGUUCGUUGAUUCAGCAUGCAAUAUUAAAUGGGAAUCAACAAUUGAACAUUUCAAGUACAAUUUAAUUAAAAAUCGUAUCUUUAAGCAAACAACAACGGUAGAAAUUAGUUUCAGCGCCACCAAUGACGAUUAUGGAAAAGAAAUAAGAUGUAGUACUGAAUGUAAAAACUCAAAGAAUGCUCUUGAAAACGCAACAACUGUCAUAUUUGAAAAAAAACCGACAGUGGUUGUCUCUUCAAUCCCCGUUUUACCCGUUCCACCAAAUACGACCAUAGCGGUCACAUGUGUUGCAAAUGCCCAUCCUGUUGGAUAUAUCACUUGGACGAUGGUGAAAGCGUCUAAUUCAAAAUCAUCACAAACAAAGACGUGUUUAAAUGCAUCAACAUGCUCUUAUGAAAUGACUACAUCUGACGUUGAAGAGGUUUAUUCGUGUUAUGCAAAGAACGAACACGGCAGUGACGAACGGUCAAUUGUAGUUGUUCAUGAGCAUAACUAUAAAGAAGAACCGAGACAAAGCGGAAGAGGAAGUUUUUUAUGGAUACUACUACCUGGAAUAGCCGUUGUCACUCUAGGAAUUAUUGUCCUGGUUGUGUGCGUCUUUCGUAAGCGCUGGUGUCGAUGCAAUACAUUGUACGAGGAUGUUAAUAUUCGUCAAGAUGGCAACCAUACGUACCAAGACAUUGCAGUCCCUUCUUCAAAUAGGCCUCAUGAGUUAGAUGCAACGAUGUCUCCAGGAAUAUAUGAUGAGAUUGACGAAAACAACCUGUCUACAGUACAGGCGGGAACUAAUCUGACAACAAGUGCGACUGAAAAUAGGCAAUGCCUGAUCGAAAGUAGUAACCCGUACUCUAAUAUAAGCCAAAGAAUCCCAACAGGAACACAGAUGACUCAAAUGACACGUUACUUCUCAGAGUCAAACAAUCCAGGAAGUGUUAUGGGGGAAACAAACUCAGAAGGAGGUGAAGGUUACUUACAUGUGAUUUAUCGGUUAAAUCCAAAGUAAAUGACGAACAAGUUAAUUGUUUUAUUCUUUGGUAAACAUAAAUUAUUUCAACAAAAUCAUGAAAUUAUCGUUGCUAACUAUAGAGCUAUUACAAUUUAUAUUGUAUGAUAAGAUUACCGAAACAAUUCCGACAACGACAUAGAUAACGAGUAACUUUUCAUAGCCAAACAAUCCAGAAAAUGUCAUGGAGAAACACACGCAGAAGGGGGAAAUGUAACGUAGUUGUCUUUCAUAGAACAAGAAAAUGGUCGGUAUGAGAGUGUGUUUUUAUAAAACAAUUUUCUUGAAGCCAAGCAAUUUGUCAACACAAACUGUUUUGUUCGAUUAGAUAAAAACCGUUGAAUAACAAUACCAUAUCUGCCUUUUUUACGAACAAUGAGGCAUACCAUAUAUCAACGGGUCGGUAUUUUAUGUUAAUUAUUUGUCUCCGAAGCAGUUGUCCAGUUGUAGUAUUAAACAAUUUUAUGGUGAUGGCUAGUGUUAUUGUAGAAAACUGAAGUGUUGACAAAACAAACUCGUUGCUUAAAACUUGU